AUGCACGGGCGGCAAGUGAGCCUGCAGCAUGUAAGCACCGACACACUCUCCAAAGUCAAGCGGCUGAACUCGGUGCUGUUCCCGGUACAAUACGGCCAUUCGUUCUACAAGGCGCUGCUGAUGCCCGACCAGCACGCAAUGCUGGCCCAUGGGGGUUCGCCGACUCUCCAGCUGGCGUCAUGCCAGCGGCCCGGGGCACCGGCCGUGCUGGAGGCGUAUAUCAUGACGCUCGGCGUGCUGGCGCCGUACAGGAGGCUAGGCGUGGGCAAGGUGCUGCUGGAUAGCGCAGUCAGGUAUGCGAGGGCAGACCCGGCUGUCAGGCGACUUGUACUGCACGUGCAUAUCACCAACGACGAUGCGCUGCGGUUCUAUCACGCCAGCGGGUUUUCAACAGUGCGCAUCGUCGAAAACUACUACAGACGCAUCGAGCAGCCGCACGCAUAUCUGCUAGAGUAUAGAGUCCGCUAG